AUGAACCUCCCCAUUCCCCAACGCACCACCGACCCUCCACUGCACCAUCGACCCUCCACAGGACCACCACGACCCUCACUGCACCAUCACGACCCUCCACAGGACCACCGACCCUCCACUGCACCAUCACGACCCUCCACAGGACCACAACGACCCUCCACCGGACUACUCGACCCUCCACAGGACCACCACGACCCUCCUGGGACCACCGACCCUCCACCGGACUACCACGACCCUCCACUGCAUCACCCACGACCCUCCACCGGACUACCACAACCCUCCACUGCACCACCACGACCCUCCACUGCACCAUCACGACCCUCCACAGGACCACAACGACCCUCCACCGGAGUAUCACGACCCUCCACAGGACCACCACUACCCUCCACAGGACCACAGCGACCCUCCACACGGACUAUCACGACCCUCCACAGGACCACCCGACCCUCCACCGGACUGCCCACGACCCUCCACUGCACCAUCACGACCCUCCACAGGACCACAACGACCCUCCACCGGACUAUCACGACCCUCCACAGGACCACAACGACCCUCCACCGGAUAUCACUACCCUCCACAGGACCUAACGACCCUCACUGCACCAUCGACCCUCCACAGGACCACGACCCUCAGCGGACUACCCACGACCCUCCACUGCACCACCACGACCCUCCACUGCACCAUCGACCCUCCACAGGACCACCACGACCCUCCACCCGGACUACCCGACCUCCACUGCUACGACCCUCCACAGGACCACAACGACCCUCCCACUGCACCAUCGACCCUCCACAGGACCACCACGACCCUCCAGCGGACUACCACGACCCUCCCACUGCACAGCCGACCCUCACUGCACAACCGACCCUCCACAGCACCACCACGACCCUCCCCACACCCAAAAACACCACCAACGCCCCUCCCAGUCCCUUCAACACACCACCACGACCCUCCCCACCUCCUAACAUACCACCACGACCCUCCACCGCACCACCACGACCCUAUACCCCGCACCUAGACGUCCCAGAAGAGUCGUGGGAGUCCCUGAG